AUGAUCAAUACACUGAUCGCUUUACUCCAAAGCAACGAAGCAGAUGUCAAAACAGAAGUAUUACAAUUUAUAUGUUCAUUGAACGUGUCCAAUAUACCGAGUCGUCUUAUCAAUUCCAUAAAUGUUUUACUAACUGAUAACAGUGACGAAGUUAAAAUCUAUGCAUGUGACACUAUUGGAAUACUUGGUGAGCAAUCAGCAACGUUGGAGAUACUAAAUAGAUUAGUAAAUUUACUCGAAGAUAAAAACGACAGGGUCAGACGAAGUGCGUGCUAUUCUUUGGGACGAAUGGGUGAAAAAGUAGGGACAGCAGAGUUUGUUAGUAAAAUAUUACAUACAGUAGGAAAUGAAAGUUUUAGUAUUCGUUUAGAUAGUUUCUCUGUUCUUAUCACUAUGCCGGAAAAAGUGAUCACAGAGGAAAUAGUCAACUUACUGGUAAAUGCACUUAACAGUGAAAACAAUUUUAUUAGGGGCCACGCGUAUGACAUUUUGAUGAAGACAUCUAAUCAGUUAGUAACAACUGAAAUGAUUAGUAGAUUGAUGACUUUAUUAGAAGAUAGACAUGAUGAUGUCGUACUGCAUGCUUGCACACUUCUUAGUAAGAUCGGUGAAAAGGCAGGUGUACCUGAUGUAAUUAAUAAAUUAAUGACGAAAGCAUUGAGACAUGAGAGUUUCCUAAUCAGAGUGCAGGCAUGUUCCACCCUCAAACAAAUAAGUCAAGGAAUACUUCCGAGUGAGGCCCUAUCCAUGAUGUUGGCUGCGUUGAAGCAGACGAUAGUGACCUUGAAAGAGAAUGCGAUCUGUGUUCUCGCACACAUGGGUCAGAAUGCAGCGACAACUGAAACAAUCAAUGAAUUAAAGAAGGCAACUAAGCAUGAGAACGAAUAUAUUAGAGCAAGCGCGUGCAACGCUUUCAUACAUAUGAAAGAAAGCGUACCAAUAAUCGAAAUAAACAGUAUAUUAAUCGAUGCAUUAGAUGAUGAGAAAGAAUGCGUUAGAGCUAGUGCAUGUAAAGCUGCCGAGAAAGUACUGGCAAGACAAGAAACUAGUGAGUUACUGAUGAAACUAAAGGAUGCGCUUAACGAUGAAAGUUUUACUGUUAAGCUUGCAGCGAUUGAUACUCUUUGCACAGCAGGACAGAUAACAGCGACAAGUGAGAUAAUCGAUGCGUUGAUAAACCUGUUAGAAGACAAAAAUGAACAUAUCAGAAGAGAUGCCCACCAAGCUAUUGUCAAAAUCAGUGUAAAAGCGACAACGACUGAAGUAAUCGACAAACUAGUGAAGUUACUGGAACAUAAGGACGCACAGGUUAGAGGGUUGAUGUGUCACGCUCUUGAAGGCAUGCGUGAGAAAGUGGCAACUAACGAAGUGAUUGAAAAAAUUGUAGGAUUAUUAAAAGAUCCCGAUGCAAAUGUUAGAGCAAGCGCAUGCAGUACAUUGUGUCUCUGGAGUAGAUUAAUACCGAUAUCAUGGGUGGCUGACGAUCUCAUCCAUGUAUUAGGAGAUGAAGAUGCACAUGUCAGGCACUUAGCAUGCAUUGCCAUGCAGAAUAUCUGUGAGCAAGAAACCACAUUUGAAGUAAGUCCGAAACUGGUUAAUGUACUAGAAGAUGAAAAUAUGCAUGUUAGGGAUUCAGCAUAUUUUCUGCUCGGUUGCAUGCGAGAAAAAGCCGCCACAACUGAAGUGAUUGCCAAACUUGUAAAUGCGCUCAACGAUGAAAAUCGUCGUAUAAGAAGUAGAGCAUGCCAGGCUCUUUCUCAAGUAAAUGAAAAGAUCCUGGUGACCAAAGGUAUUGAAACGAUAGCGAAUGCGCUGAUUGAUGAUGACAUUGAAGUGAGAACCAAUAUGUGUUUUCUUCUUCAGCACUUAAAGGAACAACUACCAAGCGUAUCGAUUACCCAUGUAACUCUGAAACGCAGGAUAAACGCGUGUAAACGCGUUUAG